GGCAACAGUGUUUUUGCUGUUCAUUUCUGGAGUUUGUGGAUGACUAAAAAACCUGUAUAAAUUGAUCCAAAGUUUUAUUUAUGAAGAUUUAUUACGUUUACUGCAAACCAAAUUUUGUGAAUACAGAUACCAGGAAAUUGAGAUAAGUUCCGAGAAGACCGCAAAACCGUGAUUAUUUUGUGCGGUUGCUUUUGAGGUUAUAAGAGGAAAGAAACAGACGCUUUUAAAUAGCCUUUAGAUUUUAUUAAAAACCCUGGUACCAUUCCUUUGAUUAGAUAAUGGAAUUCGACCAGUUUCCAAACCCAACUGUGGAUGAUUUGAUAUUGGAUGAUUCUGUUACACAUGUUGUAAUUCAUUUGCCUGGGCUUGAAUUUCGGGAAAGAUUCAUUCGCCUUGUUCCACGUUCAUGGAUUGACAAGGCACAUGGUAAAUGGGUUUGCUUAUAUCCACAAAAAAAGGAUAAUGCCCUGGCAGAGGAAUGGGUGAAAAACAGUCUGCCUCCUCGUGCAGACUUUAGCUUAUAUGAGGUCGCAAUUUUAAUCAGAACAACAAGUUUUGAAGAAGGUGAGAGGGUAUUAAGUGAAUUAGUCAAUAUCGAUAAUGAUGAAAAUUCGUGUAACUGUUUUGGAAAUGAAAGCACUCAAGGAAGAAAAAGGCCUCGAAAUUCUGAAGAUUUUCAGAUAAAAGUAGAGGAAGAAGAAGAAUUAUACACUGAAGACAAUACAGUGUAUACCGUUCACAGUCCAUUGAGGGUUACACCCGAUUUUACGCAGAGUAUAAAACAGGAAGAUGGUGUAGAAAAAUCGGAAAAGAAUAAACCUAUCGAAGAAUAUUUGGAAGAAAGGUUGAGAGUCGUUGAGAAUCGUAUAAUGAAUAAGAUUGAGUCAAUGCAUAGAAACAUAAUACACCAUUUGAAUAAAAAAGUGGAUGAAAUUUUGAAUGUAGUGACUUCUAAUAAUGAGGCUGCUAUCAUAGAAACUCCAGAUACGAUUAAUGCGAUCGAUUUUUAUUUACCUGUAGAGAAUAUGAAGCAGUUUACUGAACUUUCUCAAACUAUCAGGGAUGAUAUUGAAAAGGAGAAAAUUAUGAAAGUAUUUUUGUACAGAGUUCAGCGAGGAAGCAAUAAUCUUAAAACCAGUCUUUCAAAAAUGCUUGGGUCGACGAUGACGAAAGCAGUACAGUUAAAGUUCAGUGGACAGGGUCGAAAAGUCAAAGGCAGGGGGAAGGAGAAUUUCAGUGCGACACCUUUAUUUAAUUGCAUAGAUGAUGUUUUGUGCAACAUUUUUCCGGACAUCGGAAAGGCGGAGAUUCUGUCGGCGACUACUAAAUGGUUCUCUGGAGCAGCGGACAGAGAAGGUGGUAAAAAGUUGAGAUCCAUUCCUCCAAAGACUGAGUCUAUCGGUGAUCCACUAGCAACUUGUAACUUCUCUUAAUUGUACGGACAUAAUGUUGUAUGUACUUUAUUAAAUUUUAUUAACAAUCA